UGGUCACUCUUGAUCACACCAGCAGCAGAAGCAGUCCUGGGUGAUGUGGCCGAAAUGUGGCUGCCCGACCGGUUCCUGCUUCCCACCUACGGAUACAGCAUUCUCACACUGCUCCAUGGAUCGACCCGGGCUCAACACCCUCAGCAGCCCUCCUCCUGUUCAGUGUUGGUCCGCAGGUGUGCAGAUGGCACCGAGCUGCGAGGGAGAAUAGUGGAAACUGAAGCUUACCUUGGUGGGGAGGACAAGGCCUCACACUCAGCAGGGGGCAAACGCACUGAGAGGAACACAGCCAUGUUCAUGAAGCCUGGUACAAUCUAUGUGUAUCCCAUCUAUGGCAUCUACCUCUGUAUGAAUGUAUCUAGUGAAGGGGAGGGUGCUGCCGUGCUGCUGCGCUCCCUUGAGCCCCUGCAGGGUCAGCCCGUCAUGAGGCAGCUGAGGGCAGCUAGACGCAAGGAGGGAGCCCGACAACUGAAGGACAAAGAGCUCUGCAACGGGCCUUCGAAGCUGUGCCAGGCUUUAGAUAUACCCCGCUAUUUUGACCGUCGAGACCUAGCUUCAGACCCAGAGGUGUGGCUGGAGAGAGACCCGAACACAAAUCCAGCAGAACCCCACAAUAUAGUAUCAGCACCGCGCAUUGGAAUUGAGUCUCAUGGGGAAUGGGCCAGGAAGCCAUGGCGGUUUUAUCUUCGUGGGCACCCCUGUGUUAGCGUAGUGAAUAAAGAGGCAGAAAGACAGACUCUGUCGGGAAAUGUAAUGAACGAUUUAGGUCCCUCAGAUGAGCAGUCCGACACAGGACAGCACAAUGUCAAAAGGACUUAACAGGAAUAUUCCUGCAACUAAUCUGCCAUCUGUUCCCUUUGUGGACUUCACUGUUUAGGCAGUAUAAAACUGUUUUGUUUGCUUUGCAAAGUUUACACUAAUUCUUAUGAAUAUGAAAUUAAUAUUUUUUUUAAAUAAAUCCAUUAAUAAUGUAGUUCUUAGAAAUUCAAGAUGGUAGAAUAACCUCUGUGAUUGGCUGGAAGUCUAAAUUCUAAUCAGCAUAAAUUAUACAUGUUUCUCAUCCAUUUGUAAGCUGCUACUCAUGUUGACGGUGUGUUUAGGAUACUGAUGCAAAGUUGUACUGGAAAGUAAUGGAACUUAAGUCAGUUAGAGUAAGACUCAAUUUAUCAGUGCCUAUCAAAAAAUCAGUUCUGAAAUCUACCAUUACUCACUUAUGAGUUGUUUUUUUUGUUUAGGUCUGCCAUCUGUGUUUUUUUAAUAAACAUUCAUACUUGAGAAA